AUGAAAACAAGAAUAACCUACCUCCAACCCCCCUCCUCGCCAUUCACCUCCACCCAAGCAAGCCUCACCCCGACGUCCCUAAGAAUCAGUGAUUUGGAUGCCGCGAAGGAAGUUCGUGUCACAGUUGAUGUUGCUGAGGUGGUUGAUGAUGAGGUCCGAGGGAUUCUAAGCGGUUUGCAUGAAGUACAUAUUCGCUGGGCGAGGGAAGAUCCCUAUGUGGUUGUGGCGCCGUUCGGGAGUAGGGUUCCUGCUGGGGUGGGGGUGGGAGUUAGUCCUCUGAAGAGGAAUGAAGAGGGGGGUGGGGAAGGGGUAUGUCGUCUUCUAAGGAGGAUGUUUGGGACGAAGGGGAUUGAGUGUAGAAAUUAUGAGGACUCCUUCACCACUCCUCCUGUUCUCUCUACGCGAUUCGCUUCCACGUCUACGUAUCAAUUCCAUUCUGCCCUGCCGGAACAUAAUCUUGGGGAGUACAUCGUGGAGAAUAUCUGUCGCGGGGAGGGUUCUGCGUGCGCUGCGGAUUGGGGCACUGCUGAUAGCAUUGAUGUGGACUAUGAUGCGGUGUCGCGGUCGCUGGUGGUCUCUGGGUACUGGGGCCAGCCUAGUACUUCGGAGGGAUGGACGGAGGAGAUUCGUGCGCCGGGGGAGAGUCGUGAUCGGGUUGAAGUUGGGUUGUUGGGGACGGAGAAGGCGGUCGAGGCGGAGGAGAUUAAGGUUGGUGGGUUGUUGGGUGUUGUCGGGGUGGAUAAGGAGUUGAAACCCACGUUGUUCUCCUUCCCUUCCAGACACCAUGUCCUCCCUCGCGAGGCGACUUUCGAUGUCUCCUUCCCCCGUCCGACGGGCACGCAUCCUACCAUGACCAUUUCUCUGUCCCCCGCUGCAUUGGAGUAUCCUGCUGCGCCGGACGACACAACCUGUGCGCUGCAUGCGUAUCUGACGCUGCCGUCGUAUAUCUUCGGCGACAAGUACCAGCUGAGCACGGAUGAUCCGCUGUUCCUGGACUCGCAUCAUCUAGUGGCGUUGCGGGCAGUAAGCGGAGCAACGGACCUGGAGGCCCCGGAUUGGUUUGUCCCGCAUUGGGGUUCGAAUUGGCUGCUUGAGCUGGCUACGCCUCCUGAAGGCCAGGUGCCCGAGGAGUGGAACGUCACGGUGCCGCUGCAUCUGCGGUAUCUGCGUCCGUCGGAGACUGGGUACCGCUCCGCAGGGGUGCCGUGGCCGGUAGUCUUCUGGGCUUGCACAGCGGAAGAGGGCACGAAGAUGGGCACGAACCCGUUCGAUCGGGUGAACCUAGGUUGGGAUGGUAUGUUCGGCCCCCGGACGAUGUUCUACCAGGUGCAUCCUAGUGGAGAAAAGGCCCGGCACGUUGAAGAGUUGGAUGUGCCGGUGCUCCGGUUAGAAGAGGGAGGGUUCUUCAGCAGCAAGACGGUGGAGCUGGGCACGAUGGCAGCGAUUGUUCUAGGCUUGCUGUGGGUAUUGUGGAAGCUGGGUAGUGUGGCGCGGUCUUCCGGACAGAAGAAGAUCGACAAGGAGAAGAAGUCGCAGUAAUCAUCCCUCCCACACAUUCCAACCUCGGC